AUGCUUCGUCUGAGGUGGGUGGCGCUGGCAUUGUGCCUGACAACUGCCCUCGCCAAUGAGGCCACUGACCCUCAAGGUUUAAUGCAGAGGAGCCCAGAUCUGGAGAUCAAUGAAGCGGAGUACUCCGUGUACGUUGGGCGUUGGACGGAAUGUACUACUAACAUAGAAGGCGAACGCUCGAUGGAAAGAUACAAUACGCGGGUUGAAGAGGAUUCCUUGGUGCAUACCCCAAGACUUGGAUUGCAACGUCGUCAAGUGCAAUGCCGUAGGAAAGACGGCCAGUACGUUGAGGCCAUGUACUGCGGUAUUGCGAUUUCUCACGUUGGCACAACUCGGGUGUGCGUUAUGCGCGAGGACUGCUCCCUGGCGGAAUGGUUGCCAUGGCGACCUCGCUCUGACGGCGCCCUAGUUCGCACAAGACGACUCCGCCGACUGGCUCAAGGAGGCGGGAAAGAGUGUGACGUGGUGGAGGAAGUGCGUCCAGCCACCUUGGAGGCCAGCGCUCAUUGGACACCUGGACCUUGGGGUCGAUGCCGUGUCGCCGUUUCCCAGCCCGCUACCCCACCUCCUUCGGACGAUGACGACGAUUCCGAGGAUAGCGACGCGCUGUACGACGACGACGAAGCCGACGAGCUGGACAAGGGGGGGCAAGAGGCGAGUUGCGGAGGGGGCGUGCAGAGACGUGACGUCACCUGCGUGCGCGCAGACGGGAGGGCGCUGCACCCUGCGCAAUGCGCGCACGCCCCCAUGCCUACGCUUGUGCAACCGUGUGAAGUACCAUGCCCCCGUGACUGCGAAGUUGGUGAAUGGGGCGAUUGGGGGGCGUGCCAACCAAUUGACGGUUGUCCUCUUUACCCUGUACAAGAGCUCACCGCUACCGGGUACAGCGUGCGGCGUCGCCGUGUGACGUCAGCGGAGUCCGGUGGCGGGGCCAACUGCCCACCUCUAGAAGAGAAGAGAAUGUGCACGAUGCCCCGUUGCGCGUCCUGGAAGGCCCUGCCGUGGGGGCCCUGCGUCCUGACCCAGCCUCACACCAACUGCGGACCGGGCAGGCGAAUGCGAGAGUUGAGGUGCAUGGGACACGACGGGAAAGAAGCGCAGCGGGCUUGGUGCAGCGGCAGCGGCGCGCCAACGCGCACGGAGCGCUGCCGAAUCGCCUGCCCCGGCGACUGCGUGGUGUCCGCGUGGUCGACGUGGUCGCCCUGCUCCGCGACGUGCACGGCGCCCGCGCGCCCCCGCCCCACCAGGACGCGAACCAGACAGAUCGUCGCGCACGCUUCGCCCAACGGCUGGCCAUGCCCUACAGAAGACCAACUUGUUCAAAACGAGACGUGUAACAACCACGCGUGCGCUACAUACUCUUGGCUCGCGACGCCGUGGGGACCUUGUGAACGGCGUCAUCAGGAUUUCAUUCCCGUUACAAAUUACACUGACCUACAGGAGGGGGAACCAUACAAUGAGAGCGAUGAGGAAGAGCCCUGCAUCGAAGAAGGUCCAAAUCACCAGAAAUGUCAUGUGCGUUCAGAACAAUGCCGACGUCGUACGCGAUUCUUUAUGUUCGCCAUUGCGUCGCCCUCAAUCUCGACGCGCCUGCACUCUGAGAUG